GAGUUGUCCUACACCCAAUGCGGACUAGGUAUUAGCUGUGAGGUAUUUUGAAAUGAAGGUCGUUGGUGUCUGGAUGAGUGAUUCUAAAGUAGACAGCAUCGGGCUUAAUACUCUUUUACGCGAGAAGAGAAGUGAUCUUCUAUUUAGAAAGAUCAAUCCGUGUAUCAGUGUAUCGGAACAAGGACCGUUUGACGUAAUCCUUCACAAAAUACCGGAAUUUUUGAGCGGGGAUUCGAGUAAACAGAGUCGAAAAAUUAUAGAAAAUUUUGUCAACUAUGCAAAAAGUAAUCCUCAUGUUCUAUUCAUAGACUCACCAAUGUCACUCAAGUGUUUGUUAACACGUCUUAAUCAGUUUUCUUUGCUCCGAGACAUUGUAGCGAUGUCGGAUAUAAGAAAUGAAAUAUUUGUGCCCAAAUUUUGCCUCUUACCACAAAAAGACCCUACAAAAUUAUGUGACGCUGGUAUUUCUUACCCUAUAGUUUGCAAGUCACUAAUGGCCCAUGGAAAUGACAAUGUACAUAAGAUAGCUAUUGUUUUCAAUGACUCAGGUCUAGAUCAUUUAACAUAUCCCAUAUUUGUUCAGCAAUUUAUUAAACAUAAUGGAAAAGUUCUUAAAUUAUUUGUAGUCGGUGAUCAUAGUUGUGUUACUGAAGUUCCUUCCAUCAAAAAUCACGACAAAUCUGCAGAUAGAACUCCAAUAUUUUUUCAUUCACAUAGUGUAUCGAAGGAUGGUUGUCAAUCACCUUUAUCUGAAUUGAGUUCAUUUUCCGAUAAACAAACGACAACCCCAUAUGAUGAGUCCCUAUUCGAUAUGUUGGCACAUGAAGUUCGAAAAACGCUCAAAAUUGAUUUGUUUGGGAUAGAUCUCAUUUGUGCAACCGAAAAUUCCAUAUCUGAUGCUCUCUCGAAAUCAAACAAAUACGCUAUUAUCGAUUUAAAUAUUUUUCCAAGUUAGUGAAAUGUUUUUAUAUUAACUAUAGUGAGUCUAUCUGGGUUAAGUAUUAGAAUAUUUUGAUGUAUGUUUGAUAUUUUUAUUUUAGUAGAGAUCUGACUGGUGUGGAUCAGAAAUGGUACUUAUAGUUUGUUACCCAAUGGAAACAACGAACAAAAAACUUGUGUAGGUCUUUUAUCCGAUGUGUUUUGUGCACGUCUGUAGAAACGUCUCGGUCAUUAUAGUUAAAGUAAUCGGGUAAAUUAAACGUCACCCUUUUUAAAAAAAUAAUAAAUAUAAUCAAACAGAAACUAUCAUCCUAUUAACUCGCUUUUUGUUUAACUGAUAAUUAGCUUAUAUUUAACCCAUUUAUAUUUUAUACUAUGUUUUAGGCUACAAGAAUGUGCAUGGGUUCUUAUUUUAUUUAGAGAAUCUAAUCAGGGAAAAACUCUCCUUGCCUUUACUUUCGAAUGAUAGUACCGAUGUCCAGAAAUAACACAAAGUAGUGAUUUUUAUUAUUAUCUCGAAUACCUCGUAGCUGUUCGUAAAAACUGAAACUUACUUAUUUUUAUAAAACUUUUGUGAAACUAUUUUGAUUUCUUAAACAAUGGUUUAUAUUGUUUUUCCUUUAUUACUACGGUCAGGUUUUUCUAUUCUUUUGCAAUAUACUUACGCUUCCUUUAGCAUUGUUUGAUUGUACUACUGAUCAGCAGUACGCGUUAUAUUUAUGUUAAUCGCUACGAAUAAUAUAAAUUGGAACGAGUCCUCCAA